UUUGUGCUGUUCAAUAAUCAAUUGUGCAUUCUUGUUGUUUUCUUAAGUUCAAUAAUGUAUUUUUGUUUUUGUUUAUGUUCUGAUUUUAUUAAUUUUUUUACUAUGUUGUUAAUGCUGUUUAUGUUAUGUUAGAUUUUGCUUUUGCUGUUGCUAUUGUUUGUUUUAUAUGUUAGAUUUUGCUGUUGUAAAACUCGUCUUUUUAAAUAUUUAUGUAGAUGAUGUAAAUGCUCAAAUUAUUGUACUUUUUCUGUGAUAUGUUCAUGAAUUCAUUUCCUAAAAAAAAAAAAGAUUUUGCUGUUGUUUGUUUGGUUCCUAUGAUUUAUAUUCUGUGACUAUUUCUAAGAUAUAAAUGCUCUAAGGGCACGUGUUAAGGUACUCCCUUAAGCAAAAUUCAUCUUUCUAAAACUAGAUAUAAUCAGAUACAUUAGUUAUGCAAUGAACUUAUAAAAAUGAAUUUUGCUUAUGUAUUGUCACGGUGGGAGUAUCUAAAAUUAGUAACUUGCAUUUAAUAAUAUAAAAAAAAAAUCGAUGUUUAAAAAGUAUAAUGCACAAGUUUAAAGAGAAUAUGGAUUCUUAAGAAUGUGUUUGAAUGAGGGAAUAUUGUGAUGUAAUGUAAUUUUUUUUGGGAAUUCAAAAUUUUCUCUGUAAAUUCUGCAGAGAGAAAUCAUUUGAAUUCAUUACCUCACCCUCAUCCAAACACACUUUAAGGCCUUGUUUACUACUAGUUUGGAGGGGAGGGGAGGGGAGGGCUUUGGGGGGACCAAACUAGAACGAAAAUUUGAGAAAUCUUCCACAUUUUUUUGAGUGUUUUUGUAGGGAAUGAUAAUGAAUGCUUCUGAUUAAUAUCCUUUUAAUUUUGAGAACAUUACAACAACAUAGAUUGAAUUUGAAGAAAUCAUAUAAGGGCAAUUCUGUUCAACUAAGGGAAAUGUUUUUACAGAUUCUAUCAUGGAUAAAGAGUUUCAAAAUGUUCCUAACAAAUCUGCUGUUGACAAGUUUCAACUUAUUCCCGAGUUCCUCAAGGUUAGAGGGUUGGUGAAGCAACAUUUGGAUUCUUUUAACUAUUUUGUUAAAACUGAUAUCAAGAAAAUUGUUCGUGCGAAUGAUCGUAUUCAAGCUACUUAUUACCCGCAUAUAUAUCUAAGGUUUUUGAAUGUCAAAAUUGGUAAACCGUCAAUAACAACGGAUGGUAUUACUGAUAUUAUCAGCCCACAGACAUGCCGACUAUCUGAUCGCACGUACGCGGCUCCGAUAUAUGUUGAUAUUGAAUACUCUCAGGGAAGCCCUGAUGACCUAAAAAUAAGAAAAGCGUCCGAUAUAAUUAUUGGAAGAUUGCCUAUUAUGUUGCGGAGUUGUUGUUGUGUUUUGGAUAAGAGAGAUGAAGCUGAGCUUGCAAAACUUGGCGAGUGUCCCCUUGAUCCUGGAGGAUAUUUUAUAAUCAAAGGAACCGAAAAGGUGAUUUUGAUACAAGAACAACUUUCAAAGAAUAGAAUAAUUAUAGACACUGACAAGAAAAAAAAUAUUACUGCAUCUGUUACAAGCAGCACGGAGAUAAUAAAAACAAAAACUACGAUUGUGAUGGAAAGGGAGAAGCUGUGGUUAGAAUUGAAUCAAUUUAGGAAAAAGGUUCCUCUUAUGGUUGUAAUGAAAGCUAUGGGGAUGGAGAGCGAUCAAGAAGUUGCACAAUUGAUUGGAAGAGAUCCUCGUUACACUUCACUACUUUUGCCAUCCUUUGAGGAAUGUACAAAAUGUGGUGUAUCUACACAAGCCAAUGCAUUGGCGUACCUUGAUUCAAUUUCAAAGUGUGCAUAUCAGGCAACGAAACAACCCAUGUUCUCAAACAUGCAAGCCGAAGAGGUUUCAAAUCAUGAGGAAGGAAAAGCAUUUACUAUCCUAAGAGAUGUAUUUCUUGCAAAUGUACCGGUGCACGGAGAUAAUUUCCGGCCGAAGUGUAUAUAUGUUGCUGUUAUGAUCAGACGCAUAAUGAAUGCAAUUCUAAAUAAGGAUGCAAUGGAUGAUAAGGAUUAUGUGGGGAACAAGCGAUUGGAGUUAUCUGGCCAGUUAAUAUCUCUUCUUUUUGAGGAUCUUUUUAAGUCGAUGACAACUGAAGUUAAGAAAAUGGCAGACAAAGAAUUGAAGCCAGCCAAGGCUAAUAAGUUUGACAUCUCUAGGCUUAUCGAGAAAGAUCAUAUCUCUCUUGGUCUGGAAAGGACUCUAUCGACUGGUAAUUUUGACAUAAAAAGGUUCAAGAUGCACAAGAGUGGAGUGACACAGGUGCUACAAAGAUUAUCAUUUAUAAGUGUUUUGGGCCAAAUGACAAGAGUUAAACCACAGUUUGAGAAGUCCAGGAAAGUAAGUGGCCCUAGAGCAUUGCAGCCUAGCCAGUGGGGCAUGCUUUGUCCCUGUGAUACUCCUGAAGGUGAAUCUUGCGGACUAGUAAAGAAUCUGGCUUUGAUGACUCAUGUCACUACUGAUGAAGAGGAGCCCCCCCUGAUUUCCCUGUGCUAUACUUUGGGUGUUGAAGACAUGGAACAUAUCUCUGGAGAAGAGCUUCAUACACCCGAUUCCUUUCUUGUCAUUUUUAAUGGUUCUAUCCUUGGCAAGCAUAGGAGACCACAGCGUUUUGCUACUGCAUUGAGAAAGUUGCGGAGAGCUUGUCGAGUUGGUGCGUUUGUGAGUGUCUAUGUCAAUGAAAAGCAGUGUUGUGUUUACAUAGCUUCUGAUGGUGGUAGAGUUUGCCGUCCUCUUGUCAUUGCUGACAAGGGAAUAUCAAGAGUCAAAGAUCAUCAUAUGAAAGAGUUAAAGGAUGGUGUGUGCACAUUUAAUGAUUUUUUACUUAAUGGCUUGGUUGAGUAUCUUGAUGUUAACGAGCAAAACAAUGCUUUGAUUGCUUUAUAUGAAGGAAAGACGACAUUAGAAACUACACAUAUUGAGAUUGAGCCUUUUACUAUCUUAGGAGUUUGUGCAGGGCUAAUUCCAUACCCUCAUCAUAAUCAAUCUCCCAGAAACACUUAUCAGUGUGCAAUGGGAAAGCAAGCUAUGGGAAAUAUAGCAUAUAACCAGCACCGGCGGAUGGACACCUUACUUUAUCUACUGGUUUAUCCUCAACGACCUUUGGUGACAACUAAAUCAAUUGAGCUGGUUGGAUAUGAUAAGCUUGGAGCAGGUCAGAAUGCCACUGUAGCCGUAAUGAGCUACAGUGGUUAUGAUAUCGAGGAUGCAAUUGUCAUGAACAAGUCAUCUCUUGAUCGAGGCUUUGGUCGCUGCAUAUUUAUGAAAAGGUAUACUGCCGUCAGACAACGGUAUCCGAAUGGCACAGCAGAUCGAAUAAUAGGACCAAAUAGAGCUCGAGACACUGCGGGUCGUAUGCAGAUACUUGAUGAUGAUGGGAUUGCUGCUCCUGGCGAAAUUAUUAGCCCAAAUCACAUUUAUAUCAACAAGCAAUCACCAAUUGAGACGCGGAAUAGCGUAUCUUCCAUUGCAUAUCGUUCCACUGAGCAAACAUUCAAUAAAUGUUACGGAGGUGAAGUAGUUGAUAAGGUAGCUCUUUGCAAUGAUAAGGAUGGCAACAUGUGUAUCAAAGUUCUAACCCGUCACACUCGGAGGCCUGAGCUUGGUGAUAAAUUCAGUAGCAGACAUGGGCAGAAAGGUGUCUGUGGAACAAUUGUCCAGCAGGAAGACUUUCCAUUUUCUGAGAAAGGCAUUUGUCCAGAUCUGAUUAUGAACCCUCAUGGGUUUCCAAGUCGAAUGACAGUUGGAAAGAUGAUAGAGCUUCUUGGAGGAAAAGCAGGGGUUUCAUGUGGUAGAUUUCAUUACGGCAGUGCUUUUGGGGAAGCAAGUGGUCAUGCUGACAAUGUUGAAACGAUAAGUGAAACUCUUGUGAAACACGGCUUCAACUACGGUGGGAAAGACUUCAUUUAUUCAGGUAUUACGGGUUGCCCAUUACAAGCAUAUAUUUUCAUGGGGCCAAUAUACUACCAGAAAUUAAAGCAUAUGGUUAUCGAUAAGAUGCAUGCUCGUGGUGUGGGCCCUCGUACCAUGAUGACUAGACAGCCUACAGAAGGGAGAGCUAGAAAUGGAGGUCAACGAGUUGGAGAAAUGGAACGUGAUUGCUUAAUUGCAUACGGUGCUAGUAUGUUGAUUUUUGAGCGACUCAUGCUAUCCAGUGAUCCUUAUGAAGUUCAGGUCUGUGGAGCAUGUGGAUUGUUAGGAUAUUACAACCAUAAGUUGAAAAUUGGUAUGUGUUCAUCUUGCAAGAAUGGAGACCAGGUUUCUACCGUGAAGAUGCCAUAUGGAUGCAAACUCUUGAUUCAGGAACUUCAAUCAAUGAAUAUUGUUCCACGCUUAAAACUAGAAGAUGACAAAGUUUAAGAGAUGAUCCAAUUAUGAGAGUGCAUGCAGCUCUCAAGGGAAUAUCAAGCAGUAGAACCCCCUUCAAACAAUUUUUUUCUUUCGCCAUAGAAACAAUUUGUACAGUUAUUAUUUGAUGCUGCACGUUGUAAAAAGACAAAUUAUUUUGACUUGUAUGAUUUUUUUUUUGUAAGCAAUGAUUUCUUUUUUAUGUUAAAAUUGAAUUUCAUGAUUGUUGAAAUGGGCUAUU